AUGGAGGAUCUGUACAGCAUCCACCCGGGGAUCUCGCGCCGAGGCGAGGGCGACGCGGCCUGCAGCGAGGUGUCAGGGGUCGCCGGUGAUGCCAGCUCUCCUCCCCCUCCUCCGCCACCGGCGGAUCUGACGGAGCUGAUGAAGACGCAGAUCGCCGGGCACCGCCGCUACCCCUCCCUCCUCUCCGCCUACAUCGAAUGCCGCAAGGUGGGAGCAACGCCGGAGGUAGCCUCGCUGCUGGAGGAGGUCGGCCGGCCAGAGAGGCGUGGCGGAGGCGCCGCCGCCGCCGCCGGGGAGAUCGGCCUCGACCCCGAGCUCGACGAGUUCAUGGAGGCGUACUGCCGGCUGCUGUCGCGGUACAAGGUGGAGCUGUCCCGGCCGUUGGACGAAGCCGCUUCCUUCCUCACCACCAUCCGCUCGCAGUUCAAGAAGCUCUGCGGCGGCGGAGCCACCGCCACCUCGCCGCACUCCGAUGAAAUGGUGGAGUCAUCGGAGGACGAGCCAUGCUCAGGGGACACCGGUGCAUCCGACGCCGGCAUGCAAGAGCAGAGCUCCCGGUUGGCCGACCGCGAGCUCAGGGAGAUGCUGCUCAACAAGUACAGCGGCUGCCUCAGCCACCUCCGGACCGAGUUCCUGAAGAAGAGGAAGAAAGGGAAGCUCCCCAAGGAUGCUCGGCUUGCUCUCGUGGACUGGUGGAACACACACUACCGCUGGCCUUACCCGACGGAAGAUGAUAAGGUGAGGCUCGCCGCCAUGACUGGCCUCGACCCGAGGCAGAUCAACAACUGGUUCGUCAACCAGAGGAAGCGGCAUUGGAAGCCGUCGGAGGACAUGCGAUUCGCGCUCAUGGAAGGCGUUACCGGAGGAGGAGGGGGGUCCUCUUACGACACGACACUCUGCUUCGGCACGGACAGCAUGAGAUAG